UAGUACCACUCAUUCACUUUCCCACGUGGUGUGUGAGAGGCAGGUGUGGUGUGGUAGUGUUCUGUCGUGCAGUAAAUAUAUUAUUAUGAGUUCCAGCGUGUGCUACAAAUGCAACCGUACAGGACACUUUGCAAGAGAGUGCCCGCAAGGAGGUGGAUUUAGCCGCGGUGGAGGAGGCGGCGGUGGGCGAGCUGAUCCGAAGUGUUACAAAUGUAACGGCUAUGGACAUUUUGCCCGCGAGUGCCGUGAAGAGCAAGAUCGGUGCUACCGGUGCAAUGCAGUUGGUCACAUCUCAAGAGAUUGCCAGCAGAAUAUGGAUGGGGGCCCGACGUGCUACAACUGCAAUAAGACGGGGCAUAUUGCACGAGAAUGUCCAGAAUCCAAUGAUUACGGGCGAUCAAGACUUUCCUGCUACAACUGCAACCGAACCGGGCACAUCGCUCGCAACUGCCCUGAUGGAUCCGGUGGGAAGAGCUGUUACAACUGUGGCAAGACCGGCCAUAUAAGCCGCGACUGUGAUCAAGAUCGACCCUAAAGCUUGUGAAUGUUAUGAGGUACUUUUUGUAUGAGAGCUUAAUGUCGUAUGAGGACACCUUUUGUUUUUUUGUCUUUAAGAGUACCUAUACUGUAACUCGUAAUAAUUAGACAUCAAGUUUCAAUUGCCAUUCAGGAAAGUAAAAAUGUUGAGUAACUAAUCCUA